CAUAUGCAAACUAGAAAAUAUAAGUGAUGGAUGUUGUGUUUGUUGCUAAUGCAAUGAUCAUUGUGAGCAUCUGCUCAUUGUUGAUCAAUAAUGUAGUUGCAGCAAAUGUUUCAAACUCGAGCAGAGAAUUGAAGGCGUUGACGGAUUUUGGAUGGCCUUAUAUCAAUUCCACAGCUCAUCACUGCAACUGGAAAGACAUCACUUGUAAUGAGCAUGGCCGCGUUGCACAGAUAAGCCUGCAGUCUCGAUCUUUGAGGCUUAAUAUUAGCUAUUUGGAUCCACUUAUUUUCACAUCACUCACUAGCAUUCAUCUCACCGCAUGUGGUCUCUAUGGAGCUAUCCCACCACAAAUAGGUUACCUCUCCAACCUAUCUUAUCUCAAUUUCUCUCAUAAUCAACUCAAUUCUCAACUGCCUCUUUCAUUAGCAAAUCUGAGUGAGUUACGCGUUCUAGACAUUUCAGAUAACUACAUUUAUGGUUCCAUUCCACCUGACAUAGGAAGUUUAUCCAACCUUACUCAUCUCAAUUUCUCUCAUAACAAUCUUGAUUCUAUGUUCCCUCUUUCAAUGGCAAAUCUGAGUGAGUUACACGUGCUCGACAUUUCUAAUACCUAUGGCAUUUAUGGUGUCAUUCCACCUCAAAUGGGAAGCUUGUCCAAGCUAACAUAUCUCAAUUUUGUCUGGUAAUCAACUCCACGGUGAGCUGCCUGCAAAUUUGAGUGAGUUACAUGUGCUCAGCAUUUCUUUUAAUCAGUUUUCCGGUGUCAGUCCACCUAAGAUAGGAAGCUUAUCAGAACUAACUCAUCUCGAUUUAUCUGGAAAUCAACUCGACGGUGAGUUGCCUCUUUCACCGUCAAAUCUAACUAAAUUACAAGUUCUUGACAUUUCUUCUAAUGACUUUUCCGGUGUCAUUCCACAUGAGAUUGACUCAUCUCAGUUUGUCUAACAAUCUAUUCAUGGCUGUUUCACUACCAAAUUUAACUAAAUUGGAGAUGCUUGACAUUUCUUAGAACAUCUUUUCUGGGGUCAUUCCACCUGAGAUAGGAACCUUAUCAGAACUAACUCAUCUUGAUGUGUUGAAGGAUGAAGACGAAGCUGUGGAGCUGAACUGGAAGAAGAGAGUAAACGUGGUGAAGGGCAUUGCAAAUGCCCUAUCUUACAUGCAUCACGAUUGCAGCCCCCCUAUUCUACACAGAGAUGUAUCGAGCAGCAACAUACUCUUGGAUUCAGAGUUUGAAGGUUGUUUAUCUGAUUUUGGGACAGCUAGAUUGUUGGAUCCAGAUGCUUCCAAUCAGACUCUACUUGUGGGAACUCGGGGAUAUAUUGCACCAGAGUUGGCCUUCACAAUGGUGGUUACAGAGAAAUGUGAUGUGUAUGGCUUCGGAGUGUUGGCAUUGGAAGUCAUGUUUGGAGAUCAUCCGGGGGAUUUCGUUUCCUCCAUGACGAUGAUUAAAAGAUCCACACAGUUUGCUCAAAACAUGAUGGUGCAACAACUCUUGGACAAGAGGCUACCAUCACCAGACGAAGAUGUAAGAUUGUCGAGGGAAGUGGUUGGAGUGGUGAAAACAGCAUUGAAAUGCAUAAACUCUGACCCAAAGUUGCGACCAUGUAUGAAGGAGGUGUCUCAGGAACUCGCUAAGCGCCCACCGCGGUUGACAAUGCCAUUCCGCUCAUAUCAGUGCUUCAUUUCAUGCACACAGACUGAGCUCACAACUCACAAUUGCUUCCGUUGUGGAGUAACAAGUUUUCAGAUGUUCAGUAACUAUAAAUUAAUGUCUCUAUUUUUCGCUACUUAAAAGUUAAAUAACACACUAACAAAAGAAUGAAAAAAAGCUCUAAGUAAUUGUCCAAUUUAGGCUCAUUUGAUUUGUAUUUUCUAAAAAUAUUAAAAUAUUACAUCAUAGUUCUUGACAA